CGACGGAUCGGUCAGAGCACGAACGACUGCCGCCGACGUCGAUGGCUGAAGCGACGUCCUUCGCCCACUCCCAUGGGAACCCACCUAGUAACAAUGACGACAGCGCGUUGUCAUGGAACGAGAUCCUGCGCGUGCAGAACCUCAUCGAGCGAUGUCUCCAGCAAUCCAUGUCUAAGGCCGACAUCGUCCAUGCGUUGCAGGCACAAGCGAACGUCGACCCCAACUUCACAAGAACUGUGUGGCAAAAGCUCGAGGAGCAGAAUCCGUCCUUCUUCGAGGCGUACACUCUGCAUUUGACGCUAAAAGAGCAAAUUCUCACCUUCAACUACCUCGUCAACCAGCAGCGUGAGAAUGUGGCAGCGACUCCAGCCGCCACCGCGACGUCGUCCUCCGACCGUCCCCAACCGUCCUGUCCCUCCAACCACCAAGGGCAGAACAACGCCCGUGGGACAUCGCUGUCGUCGCACAUGGCGCCGAUGCUAUCCCCCAUCAAGACCGACUUGGACACAUGCGCUUUCUUCACUUGAAGCUGCGGCAGGUCGACAUAAAAUCAAAUCGGUUGUCUCCCCUUAAAUAUUUGUCAAAGUUGAGAAAUAUUCUUGAAUCCACGUAGAUAUUUUAAAAAAGGACGAGUCGAUAUAUCACGACAUCAAUUCAUUGACUUCUCUC